AUGGGUCUCGGAACGAAGGGCUCCGCCUCUACCGUAGGAAAUGGGGCGCGGCAUCGAUCUCGCCACUUUCGCAACGAAUUUCAUUCAUUCAUUUCCACUUUUCUUAGUUGUCAGCGAUUACGAUGUUCGCUGAUUUCUAAGUUUCUGGAAUCUGCGGUGAAGUACUGCGAUCGUCUUAGACAAAAUGACCGCCUUCAUUAUAUCGCCGUUCGAAGCCCUUAG